AUGUUUGCCCGCACCGCUGCUAAGACCCUCACCCCCUCUGCUGCCCGUCUCUUCUCCUCCUCUUCUGCUCGCCAAACAAAAGUCGCAGUCCUCGGUGCAGGAGGGGGAAUUGGUCAACCUUUGUCGUUGUUGCUCAAGAAUGACCCUUUGGUUACUUCUUUGAGUUUAUACGACAUCAGAGGAGCGCCUGGUGUUGCUGCUGAUGUUAGCCAUGUUGACUCUGCUAGCGAGGUCAAUGGGUAUGCAGCCGACCAGCUCGACCAGGCGUUGGAAGGUGUUGAAGUCGUUGUUAUCCCUGCUGGUGUUCCGAGGAAGCCUGGAGUAAGUAUCUGA